AUGGAUGACCUCUUUGCCAUUGCCGACGACGACGUGGAGGUUGUAGAGCGUCAUGUCAGACAACGCUCGCCUACUCCAACAACUAUACCAUCGCCACAGGCGCAAGAAGUCAGCGCGACGCGUCAAGCGCGCUACCUCGGCGACGACGAAACGCUAGAUGACACUGCAAGUUAUGAUGCAGCGGCAGCCGCUCGACGUAGACGCGACACUGAAGGUGAGAAUGAGUUCUCUCUGGGUCUCGAUGAAGAGGUGGUGAUCAAGAAGAAGCGCAUCAUUGCACGACUUGACGACGAGCGUUUGCUGGAGAAGCAUCAUGGUAUACCCAAACUCAUCAAGAUGUCGCUUGAAAGACCCUUACACAAGACGCUUAAGGGGAAAGGCCAUACGCUGCAGGAUAUGGGGAGGGUGCUUGAGCGGUAUCAAUUUUGGUGUCACGAAAUGUAUCCCAAGGCCAAGUUCCGUGAUGCGCUUGCAAUGAUUCGCAAAGCAGGAAGCUCAAAACGUAUGAAGAUGGAGAGAAGACGAUUCAUUGAUGACUUGCUGCCGAAGCCUGUCGAUGAGGAUGAGGAUGCCGAGGAAUACGACGACAGUGUCUUUGGCUUGACAAAUAAAGGACCAGCGGCGCGCAAUGAAGAGCAGGAUGCGAGUCAGGCUCUAUUCUUCGACGACGAGGAUGAAGAUGCUGAAAUGGCGCUAUAUGCAGAUGCGCCUACCAAGCCUAUCACUGCAGCAAGAGAAGACGAUCACCCUCAAGACGGCCCGCCGCCCUACUUUGACGAGGAGGACGACAUGGAUGCACUUGAAGCAAUGUACUCGUAA